AAACAUGUAUCACCGAAAUCUAGCGCAAGUUAGCAAAUUGGCUUUCUCUUCCUCUGAAUUUUCCGCCUUGGACGCUUUAAAACCACCGCCAAACGCACUUUAUUUUCUCUAUUCUAUCAUUUUUCCUCCCCUCUCCUUCCGAUAUUCUUUCUCAGCGAUGGCGGAAUCGAAGACAAAGCUUGCAGAAAUCAGGGAAUGGAUCAUAGAUCACAAGCUUCGUACCGUUGGUAAUUCCUCUCCUUUUGUUCCUCUGUUCAUCCUCGAUCAAAUGGGUCGUUUUGGCUUCAUAAGAGAAUACACGAAUCGAGAGUUUCGUGAGACUAUUCGCGUCGGUCCAUCGCUACACGCUCAGGCGCUGACAUUAGCGGCUCUAGCUGGAGCAGCCGCAGUGGAGUACUAUGAUCACAAAACUGGAGCCACUGAUCGCUACCCGAAGUUUCUCAAGCCUGAGAACUUGAAUAAGGAC